GGCUGCACAACUAAGAUGCCCUAGUCCCUUAUGUUUAUCCUAACAGAGUUUCAGCAGCGUCCCGCUGGACAGCUCCAGGAGGCAUUGCCACAGCGGUUCUUAGCUCUUUUCCCCUAAGAAUUCAGAAAGAAAUUUUGUUUGCAGGAAAGCUCUAAUUCUCUCCCUCCUCCCCACCCCACGUCCCCAACUGCUCCCCUCUUUCCUACUCCCAGCCCCUGCUGAGAUUCGCAGCACCAGGAAGAAUUACUUUACCAGUUUCCAGGUAGACAAAACCUGCACUUUGAGAAAAGGAAUUAAAGCAUCUGUCACAGAAUGUUCUUUCUUAUGAUAAUUUUUGCAGGAUACUUUCUCUGGUGACAGAAACUUGACGAAGAGAGGAAAGCUGACCAAACUCAUCAAGUCUUUUCCUCUUCUUUCCUCAGUGUUACAGAACGCACGAAAAACUGAAGUGGAUUUUCCAGUAGUUAAGACUAUGGUUACAAAAUCUCUUUUUAACCUUUCCCUGCAAACCGAUGGGAAUGAGAGCAAUUUGUUUCCGGAGGUCUUCGAGGCAGAUUCCUUGCCUUCCUCAGAACAGGGCACAGCGGAGUUCGUGAUCCGCUGCGUAAUCCCGUCAUUGUACUUGCUUAUUAUCACAGUGGGUUUGCUGGGCAAUAUCACCCUAAUGAAGAUCUUCAUCACUAACAGUGCCAUGAGAAGUGUUCCUAACAUCUUUAUCUCUAGCCUAGCUGCAGGAGAUCUGCUGCUUCUGGUGACCUGCGUGCCAGUGGACGCCUCUCGCUACUUCUUUGAAGAGUGGAUGUUUGGGAAAGUGGGCUGCAAACUUAUUCCCGCCAUACAGCUUACCUCAGUGGGAGUUUCUGUGUUCACUCUUACCGCGCUUAGUGCAGACAGAUAUAAAGCCAUUGUGAAUCCUAUGGAUAUCCAGACAUCAGGUGCAGUUCUGUGGACCUGUGUGAAAGCCAUUGGCAUAUGGGUAAUUUCUGUGCUGUUAGCAGUUCCUGAAGCAGUGUUCUCUGAAGUGGCACAUAUCAGUAGUAUGGAUAAUGGCAGCUUCACAGCAUGUAUGCCAUACCCACAGACCAAUGAGUUACAUCCAAAGAUUCACUCAGUGCUGAUUUUCUUGGUCUAUUUCCUCAUACCUCUUGUUAUCAUAAGUAUUUAUUAUUAUCAUAUUGCUAAAACAUUGAUCAAAAGUGCACAUAACAUCCCUGGAGAAUACAAUGAACAUUCUAAAAAGCAGAUGGAAACAAGAAAACGCCUGGCUAAAAUUGUCCUGGUUUUUGUGGGCUGCUUUGUGCUUUGUUGGUUUCCAAAUCAUGUGCUCUACAUGUAUCGAUCUUUUAACUACAAAGAAAUUGAUCCAUCCCUUAGCCACAUGAUUAUCACCUUAGUAGCUCGAGUGUUGAGCUUCUGCAACUCUUGUGUCAACCCUUUUGCACUUUACAUGCUCAGCGAGAGCUUCAGGAGACAUUUCAAUAGUCAACUUUGCUGUGGGAGAAGAGUCUAUAGGGAGAAAUCCACCAGCUACCUGCUUAGCUCCUCUGCUGUGCGAAUGACUUCUCUGAAAAGCAAUGCUAAGAACACAGUGACCAAUUCUGCCUUCUUGAAUGGGCACAGCGGGAAGCAGGAAAUGUCUCUGUGAUUCCAGUCAUUUGACUCACUACUUGAAAGAACCCACUCUAUAUAAUUGCUGAGCUGAGCAUGACUAAACAAUUCUUUCCUUCUUCCUACAUUUGUUCAAGGAAUUCAUUAGAGGAUUGAUCACUGUUGACUCAGAGAAGGCAAGGCAAACAAGACAAGUCUUUUUCUUUGAAUGGGUUCUUUAAUCACAUUCAACAAAUGGAUUGCCCACGUAGAGAAAGACUGAAGAGCAGUAUUAAAUUCCUUCCAUAUCCUCAACCCACAUCUUCCCUGACCCCACAAAAAAUCCAACAACCUGAUAAAACCCAAUAUUACAACUAUGAUUUAAGCGAUUGCUAUAGUUGGCUGCAGUGUGUUUUCCCUUAGCAAUGUUUUUUUUUUUUUGAGAGGGAGGAAUGUGACAUGAAUUUUUAUGUUUCUUAAGAUAUUCCAUAAGGGAUCAUAUGACACAGAGAAUCAUUUUUUUAGAGAGAACUUGCCAUUUCUGGUAUAGGCCACAUUGACAGUUGUUUACUUUGGAUAAUUCAUGGAUAAUGGUGCCCAUAUAUGUACAAAAUGAAAGUUACUUCAAAUUUGGACACACAUUCAAAAAUGAUGACAAUAGCCAUUGAAAAUCUGGUGACUGUGUCAGCAUAACAUCAUUUCCAACCUCCCAAAGUUUGUCUUCUAAGAUGACAUGCCAUUUUUAACAGUAAAAAGAAAUAAAAACAACAAUAAUUCACUAAAUGAUGAAUUAGUUUAAGGCUUAGUACCAUCUGUACUAAAAAGCGGAAUUCUUUGUGAUGAAUGUUGGUGAUGAAGUUGCCCUUGAGGCUAUGAUCAACUACAUACAUCUAUUGUCUCUUGAGAACAAAAGUUACAGGAACUCUGCCAUUCCUGUCAGCUUCUGAACAACAACAACAACAAAAGAUUAAAAAUCUAUAUUCUGAUGAACUUGCUUUAUGUUUCACAUUUCAUAGGAUUAUAGAAUUAAAGUUAGAAGGGAUUUUAGAGGUCAUCUAGUACAAUAUCAUUUCAUAAAUAUGAAAACCAAAACCCAGAGAGAUUAAGUGACUUUGCUUAAGAUCACAUAAAAAAGAUGCCAUAGUCAAAAUUUGAACCCAAGAAUUAUGAUUCCAAAUUCAAGAUGCUAUCCACUAUACCAUAGUACCUCAUAAUCUGUUGUGAAUUGGCAUCUAUUAUUUUUAACAUAAAAGUAAAUAUGGUCUUAAUUAAAUAAUCCAGUUUCCUAUCAAGAAUCAGAAAGCCUUAUCUUUGAAUCAACCCACUGUAAAAUAUUGUUGUUUCCAAAUGACACAUAGCACAAAUGAGUUAGAUUAUUUAAGUUGUAAAAAUGAUAGUGCUAAGGGACUGUAGUGCAAAUGGUAAAAGAUUUCACCCUCACAAUUCAUCAUAAGAAAUAUAGUUGUUGACUUUUAUCUCAUUCAAACAUUGCAUGUAGUUGAACUCACUCCCUCACAAGUGUUGGAUAUUCAUGUAGUUCUAAUUAUUUGGAUGUUUUCCCUUAUAUUGACCUGAAAUCUGCCUAUUUAUAAUUUUCAUCCACUGACCUAAUUUCUUUUCUUGAGAAUAUAUAUAAAGGCCUACACUUGGGUUCAAAAACUCCACUACAGGGGGCACCUGGGUGGCACAGUGGAUUGAAAGCCCAAAGAUGGGAGGUCCUGGGUUCAAAUCUGGACUCAGACACUUCCUAGCUGUGUGACCUUGGGUAAGUCACUUGACCCCAUUGCCUAGCCUUUACCACUCUUCUGCCUUAGAACCAAUAUACAGUAUUGAUUCUAAGACAGAACGUAGGAUUUAAAAAAAUCCACUCCAUACAUAACUACAGAAUUAGAGAGAUUUGUCCUAUGAAUAUCUUUUCCCUUUUUGAUUAUAGGAAAUUUUAAAGGCCAAAUGGUCCCUUUUUUUUUGGGUCUUGUAAUUUCUGCUUGACCAGCCAAUUGUUUCUUAUUAGUCAGAAUUAGUUUCAGGUUAACACUUCACUAGAUACAGUCCUUUACUUUGUGGGAACUAAAAUUGUUAUGAUAUAGCAUUUUUGGCAGAUGUCUGUGUAGUUAAAAUACUCAAUCAUAAGUAUAUUUAACAUCUUUUCCAGUUUUAUGAUUUGUAUCAGUAAUUCAUCAUCCAUUUCCUCCAUCCAUCAGGGUGGUUUGGAUUACAUUCUUAUGAAGUAAUUUGUUUUUCUUGUAUCUUCACCAAAAUGUUUAUUGCCAUACUUUAAAUUCUUGAAUUUUUAUAUAGGAAUAUGUUUAAACAACAAUAAUACACUACUGCCCUUUAAAUUGGAUUUGUUUCCUUAAAUUCAAUUCAACAAUUAUUAAGUGACUACUAAAACCAUAGCACUUUCCUAGGCACUGAAGAUACAAAGCUUAAGAUGAAAAUUUCCCUGAAAUGGACAUAUUUCAGUCAUGAAUCUUUUCCCACAAAGGCUCAACAAUAUGAGGGUGUUUAUAAUUUGUGUGUUGAAAUUUCAAUUUGACUUAUUAUUUAUAUUCUGUGCUUUUAAAUAAACAUCUGAAGAUGUCAGGGCUUUUCCUGUCCCUCUUCAUGGUUAUUUUCUCCUGUGAAAAAUGGAAAAUUUCAACUAUGUUACACAAGUCUCUCUUCUUAUUAUAUUUUUGUAUUCUCUGUAGGAACACGUUUAUAAUUUAUCUGAGGUUUCCUCUUCACUUAGCCUUUUAAUUUUAAAAAUCCUUUAAUCAUGUCAGCAAGACUCUGGCCAAAUAUAGUUUCCUCAGUUAUCAGGAAAUAUCCUUCAUCCUUAGUCAAGAAUUUGUCAUUUCAAUAUUUUAAGUUAUGAUAUGAAAAAUUAAAUCUUGUUCUUUAACAGCAUCUUUAUCAUAGCCAGCUGUUGACUCUGCAUAUUUCCUUUCUCUUCCAAAUUCACAACCUUCAAGUCACAUAUGAUAUGCUUAUAUAAAAAAUCCUGUUAAUUUAAAACUAUCAGAAUAAUCAUAGUAUUUAAUCUGACAUCUGGCUAAUAUUAAAAUUUGCAAAGGAUAGAUGGAAAGAACAUACUUAAUAAAGCACUCUACAUAUUAGGUUUAUGUUAAGUAUUAUCUAUACAUUUGCUAAUACUAAUCAUUGUUAGUCAUUGAUUCUAAUUUAAAAAUAGCUAUGUUAGAAAUGUAUGUUUCUCUACAAAAUUUGAGAGUAGCUAAGAAUCUCUGGAUAAUAUUAAGGUUGUAUAUUUCCCAUUUUGUGGCUAUUUUGUGACUUUUUCUUUGGGGGUAUUUGUUGGGACUUUAUUUUCAAUAUAUUUGCAUUUUCAUUUGAAGUUGAUAAUUACCUAGUUUUUGAGAAUUUUGAAGAAAAAAGAUCAACUCCUGAUUUUUAGGAUACAAACAAGCUAUUUUGAUGAUUAUCUGUGCAUAUGUCUAUAGUAUACAAUUUAACUUCUGUGACAUAUAGCUGUUCUGUAACUUUGUUUAUGCUUUUCCCAGAAGGACUUCCUUUUUGGAGUGAUGUGAUUUUCUAAUAACUAGCUCCAAUCUUCCCUUUUAAAAAUACAGAUAACUGAAAAUUUGAUGUCAUAAAUAUAUAUUUGGUACCUGAGAUUUUCUCUAAACAAUACUAAAACAGAAAAAUUACCGCAUGUACUUAAAGGAGCAGGCUAAUAUUAAACUCAGAUCUAAGAGUUUGGUAUUUCUUGGAUUUUCUCAAAGAUUUUUAGAUCUAUUUAUUACUACCAGACACUUCUAAUAUUUCUCCUUAAACUUAGUUCUAAAGAUGAAGAUGAGAAUUUUUAUCUAGAGUUCAUCCACACAAUAAUGUCAUAGAAACAAAAACCCAUGAGUAAAUAAAUAAAA